AUGUUUGCAAGCCGAUCGUUGCAUGAAGAUGGAAUGAGUCAAGAAAUCGAGCAGUUAUUGGAUGAUCCCGAAUUUGCAAUUAAAAUUGCUAUUGUUGGAUCUCCUUCCACUGGUAAAACAUGUUUGGUUCAUCGUUUUUCAAAAACAGCAUUUCCAGAAAAUGUAUCAUCAUCUACAGAAACAACUGUUCAUCCUGUUAAUGUAGAAAUUAAUGAUCGACAAGUUAAGGAAGAGUUGUGGGAUAUUGUGGGAAUUAAAUCUCCAAAAGAAGAAGAAAAACGAAAAUUACAAUAUUUAGGAGUCAUGACAUUUGUAAUUUGUUUUGAUUUAACCAUCGAAUCAACGUUUGAGGAUGCAAUUAACUAUUGGAUUCCUGAAUGCAAGAGAUAUUUUCCAGAUACUCCCAUUAUUAUGUGUGGUACCAAGAUGGAUCUCGUGGAUGCGACCGAUAAUAGUUCACAAUUUUGGAAAGGUAUUCAGUGA